GGCUUACGUCAUCACGGGAGCGACGCCCCCGAGAGACAGUCUGGGGUCUGACUACCGGGAAGGUGCUGCGGCGCGACCGGCUGGGAAGAUGCCCGUGGCCGUGAUGGCAGAAGGUGCCUUUAGUUUCAAAAAGUUGUUGGAUCAGUGCGAGAACCAGGAGCUCGAGGCUCCCGGAGGAAUUGCUACACCCCCAGUGUAUGGACAGCUUCUAGCUUUGUAUCUGCUCCACAAUGACAUGAAUAAUGCAAGAUAUCUUUGGAAAAGAAUACCACCCGCUAUAAAAUCGGCAAAUUCUGAACUUGGGGCGAUUUGGUCAGUGGGACAGAGGAUCUGGCAGAGAGAUUUCCCUGGAAUCUACACGACCAUCAACACCCACCAGUGGUCCGAGACGGUCCAGCCAAUCAUGGAAGCACUCAGAGAGGCAACGAGGCGGCGCGCCUUCGUCCUGGUCUCCCAGGCCUACACCUCGAUCAUCGCCGACGACUUCGCCGCUUUUGUCGGGCUACCCGUGGAAGAGGCUGUGAAAGGUGUGCUGGAGCAAGGGUGGCAGGCCGACUCCACCACGAGGAUGGUGGUGCCCAGAAAGCCAGUUGCAGGGGCCCUGGAUGUUUCCUUUAACAGGUUUAUCCCUUUAUCAGAGCCUGCCCCCGUCCCGCCGGUCCCCAACGAGCAGCAGCUGGCCCGGCUCACGGACUACGUGGCUUUCCUGGAGAACUGACGCCCUCGGUUCCAGCCGCCUGUGGCGCCCAGGGUCCCGACACGCACGGAGGUGCAGACUGUGUUUUCAGUGCGUCGGCCGGAUGGAGCACCUCCGCUCUCUGUACUGAGCAUGUGAUGAAAUACACGUGUAAUAGAAAGCACGCCACACACGUUUUGUCCUUAAACACCGUGCUGGGUAGCUGCCGCAGCCGGCUGUUCGCCCUGGGGACGUCUGACAGCUUGGGGGGAGCUGUGGGGGUGACGGUCAGUUCCCAUGUCCUGGGGACUGGGACACGCAGCGUCCACGCGUGGCACAGUGCCGGGUGCUCUGGCCCACCCACACCUGGCUCGCCGACACCCUGCCACGGGUGGUGGCUACGGGGCCCACCUGGGGUUCGAGGAGGACUGUCCCCUGGGGCAGUGUCCCGGGUGGGGCGCUCUGCUGCGCCCGCUUUGGAGAACACGCCCUCUCCUCUCCUCACCUCCCGCGGGUCACUGACCCAGGACGCUGACAUGCAGGUGAGGAGCAGAAGCCGCUCCCCAGGGGCAGGCCGGUCGACCGCAGACCCUUCGCUGUGAGUGUGAGCAUGAGCGUGCACCAGUGUCGGGCAGCACAGGUGUCGUGAGCUGUGGCGACGCUGUUAGGUGACACAUGCCGUAUGGCUGUCCUGCGGGCCGUCGGCUGCUCCCGCUCACCCCUGGUUCAAGUCCUGCCUUCGGGGAAGUGCUGAGCAGGUCCCUGGUUUCUGUGUGGCAGCCCGCUGCGUAGUUGGAGCUGUUCGUUGUACCUCCAGGUUAAAACCGCUGAGUUCAUUUGUUUUGCAUUUGUUCAAUAAAUAUUUAAUUGAAUUCUUCAA